AUGACCUCAUCCUCACCAUCGGCUGCAUCGACUCAGAGAACGGCAUCCUCUACCUCGGGUGAGGCAACAACGCCGACUUCAGCGCAGAACGAUACUGUCCUCUCCAUGACCUCAUCCUCACCAUCGGCUGAAUCGACUCAGAGAACGGCAUCCUCUACCUCGGGUGAGGCAACAUCGCCGACUUCAGCGCAGAACGAUACUGUCCCCUCCAUGACUCAUCCUCACCAUCGGCUGCAUCGACUCAGAGAACGGCAUCCUCUACCUCGGGCAGAACGAUACUGUCCGCAUCCACAGACCUCAUCCUCACCAUCGGCUGCAUCGACUCAGAGAACGGCAUCCUCUACCUCGGGUGAGGCAACAUCGCCGACUUCAGCGCAGAACGAUACUGUCCCCUCCAUGACCUCAUCCUCACCAUCGGUUGAAUCGACUCAGAGAACGGCAUCCUCUACCUCGGGUGAGGCAACAUCGCCGACUUCAGCGCAGAACGAUACUGUCCCCUCCAUGACCUCAUCCUCACCAUCGGCUGAAUCGACUCAGAGAACGGCAUCCUCUACCUCGGGUGAGGCAACAUCGCCGACUUCAGCGCAGAACGAUACUGUCCCCUCCAUGACCUCAUCCUCACCAUCGGCUGAAUCGACUCAGAGAACGGCAUCCUCUACCUCGGGUGAGGCAACAACAUCGCCGACUUCAGCGCAGAACGAUACUGUCCCCUCCAUGACCUCAUCCUCACCAUCGGUUGAAUCGACUCAGAGAACGGCAUCCUCUACCUCGGGUGAGGCAACAUCGCCGACUUCAGCGCAGAACGAUACUGUCCCCUCCAUGACCUCAUCCUCACCAUCGGCUGAAUCGACUCAGAGAACGGCAUCCUCUACCUCGGCGCAGAACGAUACUGUCCCCUCCAUGACCUCAUCCUCACCAUCGGCUGAAUCGACUCAGAGAACGGCAUCCUCUACCUCGGGUGAGGCAACAUCGCCGACUUCAGCGCAGAACGAUACUGUCCCCUCCAUGACCUCAUCCUCACCAUCGGCUGAAUCGACUCAGAGAACGGCAUCCUCUACCUCGGGUGAGGCAACAUCGCCGACUUCAGCGCAGAACGAUACUGUCCCCUCCAUGACCUCAUCCUCACCAUCGGCUGAAUCGACUCAGAGAACGGCAUCCUCUACCUCGGGUGAGGCAACAUCGCCGACUUCAGCGCAGAACGAUACUGUUCCCUCCAUGACCUCAUCCUCACCAUCGGCUGAAUCGACUCAGAGAACGGCAUCCUCUACCUCGGGUGAGGCAACAUCGCCGACUUCAGCGCAGAACGAUACUGUCCCCUCCAUGACCUCAUCCUCACCAUCGGUUUGA